AUGGAGACCUCGUCGCGCAGGCGCGCGGCGCCGGAAGGCGAGCCGUUCCCGCUGUUAGACCUCCCUGACCUGGCGCUCUACUCCGUGCUCCACCAGCUGGAGAAGAAGGACCGCGUUGCACUCGCACGCUGCAGCUGGCGCUGCGCCACGCGGGUCCUGAGCCUCCCGCGCAGCACGCUGCACCUUUACCGUCCCGUGGCGAGCCCGCAGCGCCUGUUCGACACGCUGAGGAGCCUGACAGGGGAGUAUCCGGACUGCGCGCGCGGCACCGUCUGCGUGGGCGGUGUCGGCGUCAGCAUCGGCUAUGCCAAACACCUCCAGGAGGCCUACGAGCAGCACGGGGGCGACGCGAUGGCGAUGCUGGAGCAGUUCGUCGCCGCGGGGCUGCACAGCGCGAUCCGGCAGCUCGACAUCAACUGCCGCGACGUCCCGACGUGUCUGUCGAGCCUCCCAGAGCUAGAGAGACUCACCAUAGCUGGGGAGGACCACUACCCCGUGCCGUACCUCGCGGAGGGCGGCCUGGCGAAGCUCCGCUACCUCCAGGUCCAGCUGAUGGUCGGGGCGCUGCCGGAGGGCCUCGAGUCGCUCGAGACGCUCUACCUCGUCAACUGCCCCGCGCUCAACGAGGAGGGCGCGUGGCUCCCGGAGAGCAGCAGCCGCAAGCUGAAGAAGCUGGGCGUGCUUGACAUGCCGAUGCCGCGUAUCCCUGCGCACUGCCCAGCCCUCGAAGAGAUAGAGUACUCGUGGAAGAUAGAAUACUCGUGGAGCUUCAACGAGCGCGACUUGAGGGUGCCGCCGAGCCUGAGCGGGCAGAUCCGCAAGCUGUCGCUUCAUGGCUCUCAACAGAACGUGCCGGUCGUCCCGCCGGGGCUGUCGGCCCUCGAGGUCCUGCUCAUGAAGGACGACCUGGGUAUCCCCUGCAUCAAUGACAUUCUCGAGCUCCCGGCCCUGCCGGCGUCGAGCGUCGCCAACCUGCGUGUGCUGCACCUGAUCGGCACGCUCUGUCGCGGGGUGCCGGAGAACCUGUCCCGGCUGGAGGAGCUGACCUUUACGCACAGACGCGAAGCGUCCGUGCAGCUCAGCCACUCCUGGCUGCCGGCGUCGUCGCGACGGAGCAUCCGCAAGCUGAAUGUCACCUUCUCGCGCGUCAGCGCCAUUCCGGGGGGCCUCGACUGCGUCGAGGAGCUCGACGUCAGAUUGUGCACAAAGCUUCGUAGCGACGACUGGCUCCCGGACGACGCAGCGCGGCGAAUCCGGAAACUCACGAUGGACAACACCAUGAUGGAGCAGAUCCCCGACACCCUGACUCAGCUCCAGGAGCUGUACGCCAACGGCUGCAGGAACCUGGCGGGGCCCUUGUCCUUCCCAGACGCCGUGACGCAGAACCUCCGCGUACUCACCAUCAAGGGCGCGGGCUUCAACCGCCUGCCCGCCGGGCUGUCCUCGCUGGAGGUCCUCGACAUCUCCGACAGCCACCUCGACCCGGACUGGUACCCCGCCAGCGCCAGCAAGUCGCUCCGGGUGCUGCGUGCGCGCAACGUCGACACCGUGGAGGACGGCGACGCGGUGCGGCUGCCGGACGGGCUGUCGCAGCUGCAGCUGCUCGACGUGGUGGGCAGCAAGCUCGCAGGCGACUGGCUGCCGGAGGGCAGCCGCGGCGCGCUGACCGACCUGGCUAUGUGCUGCACCAGGGUGGAGGGCGUGCCUGGGGGGUGCGCGAGGCUGCAGCGCGUGGACGUGCGCGGGUGCGGCUUCGUGGCGAGCGGCAGUGCGUGGAUGCCGGCGUCGAGCACCGGGCGGCUGCGGGUGAUCUACGUGGGCAGCGAGGAGGUGCCGCGUGUGGAUGUGCCCGCGCACGUUGCGAUCAACACCGCGCCGGACGCGCCGGACUUCACGCCGUGUCUGGAACGCAAGACGUUCUGGGAUAUUUGA